UCCCUCAUUUCAUUGGAACCAUUUCAUUUCACUCCUAACAAAAUAUUCAUGAUAUUGUUGCCCUAUUUUGUAUAUUUAGAGCUCUUUUUAAUCGUUAUGUACCAGCUCUUCGUGAAGGCAAGUUAAACAAUCAAUGAAUGAUGUUGUUAUUUCGAAAAAGUCGAACACACAAGCUCUACCUUUGAAAUUGGAUUACCAAAACAGUAAACAUUUAAAAUGGCAGAGGAGUCCCUAGAACGUCACAUACCAGAGCAUCCACUGCCAUCAGAGAUACAGAAGAUGCAGAAAGAUGACACUGUUUGUAAAUUCUGUGGUGUCAGUUACCUCAUCCAUCAUGAGAUGAAGCUGCUGGAGGAGCGGGUGAAAGCUGCUGAGGAGGAGUUGAAGUAUUAUAAAGGUGCUGUAGAGAGGGAGGUCCAGUUGAAGGAGGAGGUGCGAAGAUAUCAGGACGCCGUGGAAGAGUAUCAGAAAACACUACGGAUGAAGGAGGCCUUAAUAUCGACAUUGACGUCGGAUAGUAAAGUAUUAGAUGAUGAAAUACUGGACUUGAAGAAAACCAAGCAGGUCCUUGAGGAUAAACUAGUAGAAGCAAUACGCGACGGCGAAAAAUAUAAGUUGUCGCACACCUCAUUAGUCGCUAGACUGCCAGACAUACAGCGUCUUGUUACCAAUCAGAAAGCUGCCCUGGUCUACAUCAAGUCACAAGUUAAAGAUUCAGACCGAUUUCUCCAAGAAAGAAGCGAACAGAUGAAUGCUGUGAUGUCGGAGUUCUGUCAGAAACAAAAGCAGGUUCAAUCGAUGAUGGAGGUGCAGGUGUCCUCCCUUCAAGCCCAGAACCUGUCUCUCCAAGAGAAAGACGAGAAAAUCAGACAGGAACGAGAAGGGGAAGUUGAACACAUGAAACAUCUCAAGCAGGUGGAGAAUGAGUUUAAGGAUUUACAGCAGAAAUAUGCCCGGCUUGAGAAGGACUUGCAAGCCUCUAAAGAUUUAGUGGAGAAAGAAAUCUCAAGGAGGAGGAUGAUCAGUAUCCAGGCGGAUCAGUAUAAAGAACAGCUCAAUUCCAAGACGAAGGAAACGGAGAACAUUUUGUCAGCAGGAAGGACGAAUGAGAAGAGUCUUGCUCAAAGCAUUGAAAUCUUACAAGACAAACUUCGUAACAAAGAAACAGAGUGGAGAGAAGUGAAGGCAGAGUGUCUAAAGUUGAUGAGACAGACAGAGGAGCACAAGGCCCGGGGAGACGAAAUCAGCAGGAAAGUCGCCAUGUCUCAAGGUGAAAGAGAGGAGUUAAAGGAGUCAUUAAUACGAAGUCAGGAUGAGUUGAUGUCACUAAAAGCUGAGCGUGAGGCCAUGAUCUCGGCUCAUCAAAAUCGUAUUGAACAGCUGCGAGAGAGCUUCAAAAACAAGAUGGCAGAGGCAGAGAAAUGGCCAGAAAAGAUGGAGGAGAUGCUACGACGAGAGCGGGAGAAACAUGUUCAAGAACUACAGUUACUAGAGGAGAAACUGAGGGAAAACUUUGUUAUGGAAAUGCAGAUUGAGAAACAGAAACACCAGCAGUUGAUUGAUCGGUAUGCAAAGGAAGCCAAGGAAACAGAAAAUAAGUUGAAAUCACAGCUGCUGUCAUCUGUGCACCACACGCACAAGGCUGAGGUGGAAGACUUGCAGAGGUUGCUGAAAGAAACGAGAGAAAGAGCCAAGACUAUGGAGGAGCAGCUGAGAGCAGAGGUUGAAAGUCUCAAGAAGAUCAUUCGCGAUUUGGAGGAAAGACUCGGUCGUGUUGAUCUUGGUAGUCAGGAGAAGGUUGUCGCAUUACAACUUGAAGGAAAGGAAAAAGACACUGAAAUUCUUAAUCUGAAAAACGAGUUAAACAUUCAGGAAAAAAAGCUAGCUGACUUGAAAGAGGAGGUGGGAUUUCUCCAGGACACUGUCCGUAGCGAAUGUGAAGAACGCUUCGAGUUGACAGAAGCUCUAGGCUUAGCAAGAGAGGAACUUUUGACACUAAAGAAGCCAGCUGGGGGUUAUCAGACCCCAACACACGCUUCCCGCACGUCUAGCGUGUCGUCAUUAUCAGAACAAUCACGCAGGGGAAGUUUGAAUGGUGUGGUGCCUCCACCACAUCCACCUGUGGCACAGUCCUCACAACGAGAGCCUGUCAAUUCAACAACCAUGGGUUUUGAAGGAGAACCUGUUGCAAGUGUUUCUAAGAAUAAAUUUAAGGGGAAGAGUAUGAAUGAUAGUCGGAAACGAAUCGCGGCAGCUGUUGGUCGUCCAUAGCUUGACUGUGAUGUAGAACCUCCAUAUCCAUUACAGAAAUGAUUUAACUGAACCUAUCCGUCCAAAAUAUUCCAAUGGAAUUUACAUGUAUCCUUUCAACAAUAGAGGGUAUGAGCUGUGAUCCAUGAUAUCGUAAAUGAUGCGAAGGUAUACUUUUCCCUGGUAGUUAAGCAGAUGGUGAUACUGCCUGAGGUUCACUGUGAUAGAAUACUGUGACACAGCUGGGAGAGUUUUUCCUCAGUUUCUACUCUGUGAAGAUUGCGAAUUGCUGUGUACUGUCUGAUGGUGAAGAUUGCGAAAUGAUUUCCUGUUUUCUGGUGACAUGACUGCUUGAUUCUGUUUAAAGGUGUUCAUUUUAUUGGCUGCUGGCAUCACAUUCAGCCUCAGUACAGCAAUGAGUGCGUCUCAAUAUGUGUUUUUAAGAGACGCAGUGUACAACAGAAAAGUAAAAUGUAUUUUAUGUCCGGUUCAACUUGUGUCCUGUGUGUGUGAUAGGUGCUAUUUUAAAUGUAAACAACCAAGUCUGUGUCAUUUUGUGUCAUCCUGAGAAAAUAUAGGUUAUUUUUGCUUCUCUGACCAUGCACAAUACUACAAAGCCAGAGAAAUUAGAUUUUAAAGGAUUUCUUCAGGAUGCUUUGUAUGAAAGCGAACAUGAUGUACAUCUUCUGGCAACUUGCCUUGUCCUUCAAAAAUGACUGUAUGUUAAGUACAUCUAGAAAUAUAUUUAUUAUUUUGAAUUGAAUGGAAUAAAAAUGACUGAAAGAGUUCUAU